GACUCCCAACUCCCAACUUGAGAACUCGAAAGAACUACUGCAGAGCAGAAAUCUGUCCGUGAAUCCACAGUUCGACCGGAACCCCCACAGAAAGCGCAUCAGCAUCAAAAGCGCCAAGGCCGACGAGGCGGGUCUCAUAAUUUAUAUUUCCGUCCUUGCAUUCCAAAUAAAAAUCGAAAGAGUUCGGCAGCCAGCGCCACCGCACAGGCCAUCACGGUUGAUCACAGCUGAUUGGCAAAAUCGGCCGGCUCUAGCGCUACGUAACGGGACCUGCUGCGGAGGAGUUUCCUUCUAUGUCGCGGAGUUUUUGCCACUUUUCUAAAUCAACUGCGUCUUCGAACUGAUACCUGAUACACCGUGGGAAGGCAGCAUUGCUUAAUUGGCCUCGCACAUUAACGGCAGUGUCCAGGCAGCUCUAACCCCGACCUCGCUCAAAGAUGGGAGCGGUCUGCUGGGCUGGGCCACCCCCGCGACUCGAGCCAUAGGCAUCGACCACGGAGCGCACACCAGUGGGCACCAGCGCCGCAUCCGUCUGCGUCAAUCGUACUGCUCGGGAUUUGCGGCAUCCACGGCAUUUGUAGGUUCUGCGCUUCCGCCUUGGUAGCCGUGCUGGCCGUGCGCUCUGCUGACGUCAUGAGCGACUGAAACAGUCGUCGCAAGAGUUGUUGCAGUUGUAGCAGUUGUAGGGAGCCCGAGUCACGUCGGUCACGUCGGGGGAGUGCUGCUCGGAGCAAGCUCUUCGUCGAUUCAUCGGCAUGGCUUCGACGGGGACUCUCCCGACCUACCUCAAGUACGUGAGCGGCAUCCCGGGCGUCGGGCCGGCUCGCAAGACGCUACGAGUUCGCGAGAAAUACAUCGUAGUUCUAGUACUAGCCACUUUCUUGAUGGUGUGCAUCGGCGCCGUGUUCUACCUGCCCGAGCUGAGGGCGUCCAACGCGUAUCGGCACAUGAAGAACGCCGGCCCCGACCUGCUCCUACCGCCGCACGCAGUCGACGAGAACGUCGUGCGUCACAACGCGGCCGCCGACGAAGAGGAUCCGCACCGAAUCGAGGACCGGGAGAAGCUCAAGAACAAGAUCGACCAAGAUCAGGAGCCGAUGCAGGUGGGGCGACCCCAGGGACAGGCUGGGACGUCGUCGACGCCUUCCAGCAGCGGCUGGGCGAGCCCCGGCCCCGCCGCCCUCGCGAAGGGCCCCAGCGUUGGCGAGGCGCCACGCGAAACCCCCAAGUCGCCUUCACCCGUGGAGACGCUUAACCGCGAGCGGAGGGACAAGGUCCGAGAGAUGAUGAAGCAUGCGUGGGACAACUAUGAGCGGUAUGCCUGGGGCCAGAACGAGCUCCGUCCAGUGUCCAAGGUUGGCCACUCGGCGGGAAUCUUUGGCAAGACGGUGAUGGGGGCCACCAUUGUGGACGGCUUGGACACACUCUACCUCAUGGGCCUGGGAGAGGAGUACAAGCGGGCCCGUGACUGGAUCGCAGAGAAUCUCAGCCUGGAUCACAUUAAUUCCGACAUCUCUGUGUUUGAGACGAACAUCCGCUUCGUAGGGGGCUUGCUGUCGUGCUACGCCCUGACGGGAGACGUGGUGUUCAAGGAGAAAGCAGACCAGAUAGCACAGGCCUUGCUGCCCGCCUUCAACACUCCGAAGGGCAUUCCACAUGCUCUCAUCAACGUCAAAACGAAAGAGAGCAAAAACUAUGCAUGGGCCUCCAGUGGCAGCUCCAUUCUCGCCGAAUUGGGCACAAUGCACCUGGAGUUUGUGUACCUGAGCGACGUGACGGGCAACCCUGUGUACCGGGAGAAGGUGGAGCGCAUUCGGCAGGUGCUUGUCGACUUGGACAAGCCCAAGGGGCUCUACCCGAACUACCUCAACCCCAAGUCCGGACACUGGGGACAGUACCACAUGUCCAUGGGUGCCCUUGGAGACAGUUUUUACGAGUACCUGCUCAAGGCCUGGAUCCAGUCGGACGGAGAGGAUGUUCAGGCCAAGAGGUUGGUCCAGGAUGCUGUGCAGGCCAUCGACUUGAGGAUGUUGCAGCGUUCCAAGAGCGGACUUCUCUACCUGGCUGACAUCAAAUAUGAUCGGCUUGAGACAAAGAUGGACCACUUGGCAUGCUUUGCCGGGGGCUUCUUCGGCCUUAUGGCACGAACCUUUGCGACAGAGCCCGGCUUCAACUCGGACCGCUACAUGGAAAUAGCGAAGAACAUCACUCACACGUGCCAUGAAUCUUACGACCGUACACCGACGAAACUGGGACCAGAGUCAUUCCGCUUCACAGAGCAGCUGGAGGCUCGAGCGAUGAAGCAGAAUGAGAAGUACUACAUUCUUAGGCCAGAGGUGAUUGAGUCCUACUUCUACCUAUGGAGGCUCACCAAGGACCAGAAGUACCGGGAGUGGGGCUGGGAGGCCGUCCAGGCCUUGGAGAAGCACUGCCGCGUCGAGGGCGGCUACUCGGGCCUCAAGAACGUGUACCAGGUGGACGGUCCCAAGGACGACGUGCAGCAGAGCUUUUUUCUGGCGGAGACCCUCAAGUACCUGUACCUGCUCUUCUCAGACGACUCGCUACUGCCCCUGGACAAGUGGGUGCUCAAUACGGAGGCCCACCCGCUGCCCAUCAAGAACCGCAAUCCGGCCUACCUGCCCAGCAGCAGGUGAUGGACACCUCGGCGUCGCUACGGGACCCCCGCCGCCCCCCGCGUCGGCACCGCAGAGACACCGGGCACCUACCGACGCCCGAGUGGUGGCCGGGGGCGUGCGGAAGGAACGACAGAGGGGGCUCGAGGCCGUGACUGAACCGUGCAUCCGACUUGCAUGAUCUAGACCGGCGUUCGCCACUUUCUCCUCCUGACUUCGGGGGUACUCGGAGCCGAACGAAGAUUUAGACGGAGUGCCCGACCAAGAUGCGUGCCGUAAUGCGGCACCGGUGCUGCGAUUUGAGGCCCUCGAUUGGCCCGUGGGGAGGCUGCAAUGGACACUUGUGCGGCAGGAUCUCUGUAAAGGUGUGCCCGAAGCCUUUGUGCGUCGCGCAUGCUCAAGACUGCUCUCUUUUAGGUGGUGUAUAAAGGAACGAUUGACUACCGGACCCUACAGUGCGAGGGGCCUCAACGCAAGCUGGGUUCGUUCUGAGAGCCAGCGAGCGUAAGAACCAAAAUGAAGGGGGGUUUGGGGGUGCUACUGCAAUAGGGGGCAUGCAGCACCCAAAGGGGGUGCGCUGAUCUAAUUGGUCGCAUGAUCGCAAUAACCCACGCCGUUCUCACUGACAAAGUAAGAACGGUGUGGCUAAUUGUGAUGCGCUGCCCGAUUCCUUCUUUGGCAUUCAUAACGAGCAACGCCACAGUCUGAAUGGCUGCGAAGUGAUAAUGGGAAGCGUGCGACACGACAGUGGUGCCGCGGUGCGGUUUCCAACAUUUGGCGGGCACGCCAGUUGGAUCGGCGCGCCCCCUUUAGGUGUCGCAAGGUCCCUCCAGACCCUUUACGAAAUUUCAGAGUGAUGCAUAGAUUAUGUGCGACUGCCACUGUGAGCACGCAUCGAACUCGAGCACUUCAUCAGCAUUCGGUGUGCGCUCGGAUUAAAAUGCAUUCCUCACGAGUGCUGCGUCAGUGCUCUGCGCAGACUCAGAAGCAAUCACGGGCCUCACGCUGGAAGCAGUGAGGCCGACUAAUGGCGGGUGCGCAUAAUCUAUGCAUCAGUUCACAGUUUCGGAAAGGGUCUAUUGGGGAUGGGUGAGGUCGGAUAAGUAAGAGUGUACAGGCCCGACUAAAUUCUCGGUCGGUUGGCGACUCUUUAAAAGUAAUAAAUAAACCCUUGGCUCAUUGCUCGGAGCAUUCUCCGGUG